GGGGCGGCACGUGGGAUGAGGCCAGGGUUCAGCCCCCGGGGGGGGGGACGCGGCGGCUUCCGCGGGGGCCGAGGAGGCGGCUUCCAGCCCCGGGGUGGGGCCCGAGGGGGCGGGGCCGGCCCCAGGGGGCGUGGCCGAGGAGGUGCAAGGGGCGGGACCAGAGGCGGGAGGGGCGGAGCCUCCCGCGGCGGCUUCCGGGGGGGCAAGAAAGUGACGGUGGAGCCACAUCGGCACCCGGGGGUGUUCAUCUGCCGGGGCCGGGAGGACGCUCUGGUCACCCGCAACCUGGUGCCAGGAGAGUCGGUCUAUGGGGAGAAGAGGAUCUCCGUGGAGGACGGGGACACCAAGGUGGAAUACCGCGCCUGGAACCCCUUCCGCUCCAAGCUGGCCGCAGCCAUCCUGGGCGGCAUCGACCAGAUCCACAUCCAGCCCGGAGCCAAGGUCCUCUACCUGGGAGCAGCCUCCGGGACAACCGUGUCCCACGUCUCCGACAUCGUGGGGCCGGAGGGCCUGGUUUACGCUGUGGAAUUCUCCCAUCGCUCCGGUCGGGAUCUCAUCAACGUGGCCAAGAAAAGGACCAACGUUAUCCCGGUCAUCGAGGAUGCUCGGCAUCCCCAUAAGUACCGCAUGCUGAUUGGCAUGGUGGACGUCAUCUUCGCGGACGUGGCGCAGCCGGACCAGACGCGCAUCGUGGCGCUGAACGCACAGCACUUCCUGCGCCGCGGCGGCCACUUCCUCAUCUCCAUCAAGGCGAACUGCAUCGACUCGACGGCGGCGCCCGAGGCCGUGUUCGCGGGGGAGGUCCGGCGCAUGGCGGCCGAGAGGAUGAAGCCGCAGGAGCAGCUGACGCUGGAGCCCUACGAGAGGGACCACGCCGUGGUCGUGGGCGUCUACAGGUGCCCCCUGCUGGACGGGAGGGGGCCUCCUCCAAAGGAGAAGUGA